AUCUAAUAAAGCUUUUUACGUCAGACUUUCCUGGUGUAGCGUAGAGUGAGUUGUUAGGAGGAAGAGGAGUAACUGUCUCACUUGUUAAUAUUAAUCUCUCGCGUUAACCUGUGCUGUGUUGUGUUAAAUAUAUUGUUAAAGCAAUGAUAAAUAUCUUCAAUGUUGGACCAAUGACAAGAUAUACAACCGCUAAGAAAAUCUACGCUCUUAUAUUCGUAGUGUUUAUCUCUGUGGGAGUGGCCAGUCAUUGGUCGUCGAGUGGUGACGUGGCGGCAGAGACGAGAGCAACAAGCUUUGACCUUCUGUCCCCGCAGCAUAUGGGCGAGGACAGCUUGGCAUGGGUUGUUAAGCGCGCUGAGGGACCAAUGUCAGCUGACGACCCGGAGGCCAUACGUCUCCUGAGAGGCCAGUACAUCCAUCCUCCUUCCUACCUCCCCUAUAAUCUGAAGGAAUCUGAAGAAAAUAAGGAUUUUAUCUAUCUAUUAUACAAGACUGUAUAUCCAUCUUGGGCCUUCACUGACAGCAUCCUCAAGGAUCUCUUUGGCAAGGAACAGCCUGCGGGGUUCUUCGUGGAGGCCGGUGCCCUAGACGGGGAGUAUCUGUCCAAUACCCUCUGGCUGGAGCGGCACCGAGGGUGGACAGGGUUACUGGUGGAGGCAGAGCCGGAUAGUUACGCCACCCUCAGGAAAAAGCACAGAAGGGCUUGGUCGUCCCCAGCCUGCCUAGCCAUCAAGCCCUACCCGCACACCACCGUUAUCACCUCCUUCAGGAGGAAGGGGCGUUCCUCUAACUGGAAGGACAGAGGGGCGGCGAGAAUAGAGGAGAAGCCGGCCAUGGCAGGCGAGGGUCCUGGGUACAAGACCUACCAUACAGCUCAGUGUUUCCCAGCGGUCACCUUCCUCCUCGCCCUCAACGUCACCAGAGUCCACUUUUUCAGCCUGGACGUCGAGGGGGUUGAGAUGGGCAUCCUACAUUCUUUCCCCUUCGACAGGAUCACCGUCGACGUCUGGGCCAUUGAACAUAUCGGUAGCUCUAAUAACGUCUCUGUCACUGCCCCCAAGAAUACGUCAGUGACCUCCUCAGGUGGGUCCUCUGAGGUCUCCCGGUUCGAAGACCCUGAAUUUAUCGCCUUCAUGGAGGCACAAGGGUACUACCUCUUCGACAUGUUCUGUCAUGUGAUCGAAGACUACGUGUUCAUCAGGCGGGAUAGUGAAGUUUUUCGCCGUCUGCGUGUGCCGCGCCAUCUGUGGAGGCGUCGAGGGAUCUGUUUAAACAAGACCAUCUGGGAUGAGCACGCCGAGGUGCUCCAACUCAAGCUCCUACGUGAUAGUCGACACUGGCCAAACAUAGUGUUCUCUGAUAUUUCUUGAAUUUACAGAAUACUUCCUUCCACUCAUGUAACAAGACAUUUAAUAAGCUAAAUAAUUUAACGAGUUAACUAUCUAUUAACUUUUAUCUGAUGAUCUGUAUGACCUUCACAGUGUUCCCUGGGUGAUGUGAGUCACUUCUCGAGUCUGUGUCCCAUCCAGUUGUUAAAGACUUUUAUUUCACUCCAACUGUGACUUAAACAAUUCAAGAUCAGUCACAACAAUAACCAAAUAAACCACAAAACAACUCUA